CUCCCCCUACGGUUACUCAGAGGCGAAGCUGCCGAAUGAAAGAAGGGAAUGAGGCUCUGGAGAGAAAGUGGUUGCUAUUUGCUCGCUUCACUUCAUAGCUGCGCGAUCCAAUAGAUCAUUUAAGAUGGCCAAGGACGUGUUUCUGCUGCGCUCGGCCAGGACUCCGGUGAUUAUUAAGCAGGAGCCCGACGACGAUUCGGACGCUGACGAGCCCAAUUUGAAGAAGUCGGACGAGCUGCAAAUCAUCCACAGCGGGCAUUUCAUGGUGUCGUCCCCGCACCGCGAGCACCCUCCCAAGAAAGGCUACGAUUUCGACACCGUCAACAAACAGACAUGUCAGACCUAUUGCUUCGGCAAGUACAGCACGUCCCACCUCUCCAUCGACGCAUCCCUGACCAAGCUGUUCGAGUGCAUGACUCUGGCAUACAGUGGAAAAUUGGUUUCUCCUAAAUGGAAAAAUUUCAAAGGAUUAAAACUUCUAUGGAGAGACAAGAUUCGACUGAACAAUGCUAUCUGGAGGGCAUGGUACAUGCAAUAUGUAGAAAAACGUGACAACCCAGUUUGUCACUUUGUUACUCCACUAGAUGGAACUAUCGAGUUUGAUGAACCUCGACGACCAGAAGCAGCUGUAACGGAAGGAAAAUUCUGGAAAAGAAGAAUUGAGAUUGUAAUAAGAGAGUAUCAUAAAUGGCGCACAUACUUCAAAAAAAGGUUGCAGAAGCACAAAGAUGAAGACCUUUCAAGUUUAAUUAAACUUUCUGGGUUCGAUGACGGCUGCCCCGAAGCCUGUUAUGUUCCAUUUCAAGAUGAUGACUUGGCAGCAUGGCGUGCAAAAAGAAAAGGAAGUGAUACACCAGUUCCUAUGGAGGAGGAUCAGCUCCUGGAUAUGGACAUGUUAAUGUCUGAAUUCACUGACACGCUUUUUUCAACUUUGUCCUCACACCAUCCAGUUGCCUGGCCCAACCCAAGAGAGAUUGCACAUGCAGGAAAUGCAGAUAUGAUUCAGCCUGGAUUAAUCCCUCUACAGCCCAAUUUGGACUUCAUGGACACUUUUGAACCUUUCCAAGAUUUGUUUCCAACAACUCGCUUCCCAUCUUUGGCUGGCAGCCUGUUCUCUUCACCCACUCCUUCUGUACCUUCUGUCACUUCCCUAGGUGCCAGUAGCUCACCACCACAGGAAACUAUCCUGCCAGCUGGGAAUCUAACUGGCACGAUGUCAUCAGUUAACAUUGAGGAGGAAUUGAUUCCAUCUCCUGGUCCUCCUUCAGCGAUGGAUCGUGUUAAUACCAGCAAUGACAAUAGUAAUUCAAAAUUCACAGCUUUUGUUCAGAGUCAAGAAUUUCGUCCACAGACAGCACUAAACAACCAGCAGACAUUUUUGCCACUGUUUUCAUCUGAUGUGCCGCCAUCUCAGACUUCCCAGCAGCCAGAAAGAGUCAAGUCAGAAGUGCCUUCCAACAUGUCUCUGAAUACCCAGUCGUUUAUAAGUCCAGAGAAUCAGAAGUUUACUUUUUCUGCUUCACCACCACCACCAGCGAUUACUCAUACUGCCUCAUCUAUGUUUACACAAAUUCCUGCUGCUACCACAUUCACCCAAAACCAGAAUCAUCAUGAUGUCACAAAACAACAAGGAGUGCCUUGUAAUAUUACUAUGCAGCCACCAAAAAUUCCAACAUCUUUUGCUAUACCAAAAGCUGGCCCUUCUCCAGGGCUUGGAAUUAGGCCUCCUAAACAGCUGCAGAAAUUUGCACCUGCAUUAAAGUCAGACCCAGUUCCCAUAGCACCUGCACCUUCACCAAAUGCCUUCUUAGCACAAUUUUUGGCAACAGGUUCCAAUGCUGUUCUUGUGACCUCUACCCCAUUAAAACGUGAAGGAGUACUGACUUGUGCAGUUACCCAGCCUAGUGUUGUUAUCACACCAGCUGCCAUUGCCACGCCCACAGGUGAUUUCCAUGGAAGUAUUUUAGUUGGUGCAGCACAACAACCAGGAGUGAUGAGCACAUCACGGCAAACCUCAAAACCUGCUAAGUCAAACAUUUCACAGUUGUUCACGUCAAAUGCAGCCCAGAGUGCAGUCCGCUUACAGCCCAAAGCUGAACAGAUCACAUCUGCAACCUCAAACAAACAGGCACCUUCACCCACGCCGACAAGUGGGGACCGACAGAAAUCAGGUCAAGGAUCUCCAGCAUCUUCAGAGAGAAUCCCAAGCCCACAGUCUCCCAUUAACAAUUCUACAAAACCUAAACCCGACCAACCAUUUAAGAGCCUGAGAAUGAACCAUAUUUCAGCAGAACAAAAGAGGCGAUUUAACAUCAGAGUGGGUUUUGACACUCUUCACAAUCUAGUGACCACUUUAAAACCCCAGUCGAAUGUAAAACCGAUGAGCCAUGCCGCCACACUGCAGAAAACUGUGGAAUACAUAGCAAAACUACAGCAGGAGAGGACACAGAUGCAGGAUGAAGCAAAACGUCUCAGGGAAGAAAUUGAGGAGCUUAAUACAUCAAUAAAUACCUGCCAUAAGCAGCUUCCUGCCACCGGUGUCCCAAUGACACAACAACGAUUUGAUCAUAUGCAGGAAAUGUUUGAUGAAUACGUCAAAUCGAGAACACUUCAAAACUGGAAGUUCUGGAUUUUUAGCAUAAUCAUAAAACCAUUGUUUGAAUCUUUCAAUGCCACGGUUGCAACCACAAGUCUAGAUGAUUUAUGCAAGACAACGCUGUCCUGGUUGGAUCAACACUGUUCCCUACCAGUUCUUCGACCAAUGGUACUGAGCACACUUCGUAAACUUAGUACUACCACGUCCAUUUUGUCUGAUCCAUCAUUGAUGCCUGAACAAGCAACGCAAGCUGUAAACAGAAUCAAUAACAACAGUGGGGAGUCAUAGCGUCAACUUGUGUUGCAGUGGCAUUUCCUGUGAAAUGUGAGAGUCUCAUGGUUGGAGAUAACCCUGCUGGUGGAAAAGCAUGAGUAUGCUUUUUUUCCUCUCUUCCUCUCUGUGACUUUUGCACUUUAAACAAAAUGGAAAGCUGUGAUCUGGAUAGUUGGGCAACCUAAACCGAACUGCUGGGUCUUAAAUGUUUGCCCUUCAAUAGGCCUUCUGAUUUUAAGGGUAAACCCAAUAAUUAACACCAAACAAUUGGUUCCAAAAUUAGGGAAAUCUGUACCUGUGAAUACCAAUGUCUGCAUGCCAUAUUUCUGGUGUGAUGCAAUACAGCACAUUUUUGGCUCAUGUAAUAUUUGGUCUUUUUUCCUGCUAUAAUAGGUAGCAUCAGUACAGUGCACAACCUCAGUAUGUUAACCUGGGGGAAGGAAUGGGCUAAGAUGGUGUUAAGGCUGUUGCUAAUGUAUGCAAACUCCUUUUAGCAUUAUUCUUUGUGAAGCCUGUUUACGCAUGAGCAUCUAUUAUUCACUCGAGGUAUUUUAUUUGCUCCAAAAUUUUAAUUGCAUCCAAAGUUUGGAGUACAAAGAUUUAGUUUUAUUUUCAACCCCAAAAUCUGCAAUUCCUCUCAGCUGAGUUCACUUUUUAAAAUAACUUUGCUUAUAAGAACCCAUCCUUCAAAAGAAAAAUCAGAAGGUUUAUCCCUUCAGUCAUUCAAUAUCCUUUUUCAGUGCAUUACUCUGAUCUAGAAGAAAAUUAUGCUCAGGUACACAUAAGCUGCAAGUCCUGUGAACAGCAAUAAACAUUGUUGUCGGUGGCCUAUGAAAGCCUCAGUUAUACAGUCUGUACGUUUUGUAAAUUACUAUUAAAAUCACAUGUAAUGUAUUUAAGAGGAGGCACCUCAGAAUUAAGUUUUUAGAUACUUGUGACAAUGUUUGUUUAACUUUAUUUUUGAAACUCUAAUGCCUCAAUACUACCCUUUUGAUUUUUUUCCCCCCAGUAAGCUUUGUGAGGAAAGUGCAGACUGUAUGUUCAGAACCAAAGAAAAUACUUAACUAAUGUAAAGGCAAGUGUUUUUGCAUUUAGCCUCUAUUCUGUUUCACCAGUAAACAGGUAUGAAUAAUAUUAAACACUUAAUAUGUUACUAGAAAAAAAGGUGCUCAGUUGUCUCAGAUACAUGCAUGAAUUCACCUUCCUUGUGUUCAUUGGGAGGAAAAAGCCAAGUCCAUAUAUUAGAUAAUUUCAAAUGUUGCCUAAAGAAAAAAAAAUCUUCAUUUUGAAGAAUAAUAAAUUAUGUUUUGUAAUGACGUGACAGAAACAUUAAUUGUGUUGUGGUUGUAUUGGAUGAGGCAAUGGAAAACAAAGUGGUCACGUGUUCAAACUAGAUUCUGUAUGCAAUUUUGUGCAAAAUCUGAAACUUGAUUGGUGUACAUAAUUGUUUUAGGGUUCUGGUCUUAUCUACACAUUUUUCUAUUUAGAACCAUGAUGUAUUAAAGCUUCAUUUAUAUUUUAUUAAAUAAAAUAGAAGUCAAUUCUUA